AUGGCUGACUCUCACGUGAUAGGAACUCUUGGCUCCGCGGUCCGCACACUGCAACUUCGCAAAACUCAUCUCGCCCCUCUGCCACCGAACCUCGUCAUCGAACACCACGAAGUAUCCCCAGUGACCAGAAGAUCUUGUCAAGACUUCGUCAAGACCCUCACGGGCAAGACCAUCACCCUUGAGGUCGAGUCGUCGGAUACCAUCGACAACGUCAAGUCCAAGAUCCAAGACAAGGAAGGCAUCCCUCCCGACCAGCAGCGCCUGAUCUUCGCCGGCAAGCAGCUCGAGGAUGGCCGCACUUUGAGCGACUACAACAUCCAAAAGGAAUCCACCCUCCACUUGGUCCUCCGUCUGCGAGGCGGGAUCAUCGAACCCUCGCUCAAGGCCCUCGCCUCCAAAUACAACUGCGAGAAGAUGAUCUGCCGGAAGUGCUACGCCCGUCUGCCGCCGCGAGCCACCAACUGCCGCAAGAAGAAGUGCGGUCACACCAACCAGCUCCGCCCCAAGAAGAAGCUGAAGUAA